AUGCGAGAGAAUGCCACCUGGAUGCACCCUCAGUCGCGACUCUGGCACCUGGCACCAGUCGCCGCCGCCGACGAGAACGUCCCCCUGAGAACCGAUGGCGCCAACUGCGAGAUACAGUCCAGUCGACAGCUCUCGCUGUCCUCAGUCGCCCACGUCGCUAACAUCAGGACUGGUUCGAUGAGAACGACGCCACCAUCCGCAACCUGCUCAGCGAGAAGAACCGCCUGCACAAGGCCUACGUCAAUCGCCCUACCGACGACAACAAAGUAGCCUUCUACCCUAGUCGCAGCCUUGUGCAACAGCGACUGCGCAAAAUGCAGGACGCUUGGAUGGCUCGCAAGGCCGAGGAGAUCCAAGGGUACGCGGACCGAAACGAAUGAAAAAACUUCUCCGCGAUCAAGGCAGUCCGCGGUCCGCCAGUCAAAGGGACUGCUGCUCUUCUCAGCGCCGACGCCAUAUCCUACUUACCGAGAAGACACAAAUUCUACAGCGACGAGUCGAGCACAUCCGAGGCGUCCUCAAUCGUCCCUCCACCAUCCCCGACGCAGACAUCGCCCGUCUGCCUCAAGUGGAGACUAACGUCAACCUCGACCUCCAGCCUUCUCUCCAUGAAACCAUCAGGGCCGCGCAUCAGCUCUCCAGCGGGAAAGCACCCGGAUCUCACGCGAUCCCUGCUAAGGCCUACAAGCACGGCGGCCCCCAAAUCAUGGAUCACCUGACUGCGCUCUUCCAGGAGAUGUGGCGUCAAGGAGAAGUCUCUCAGGAUUUCAAAGAGGCCACAGUCGUGCAUCUAUACAAGCGGAGAGGAAACCGCCAAAUAUGCGACAACCACCAAGGCAUUUCGUUGCCGAACAUCACAGGGAAGAUCUUCGCUCGCAUCCCCCUCAACCGCCUGAACACUCAUCUGAAAUAG